AUGUCAGACAACACAAUUCCUCCCGCUGACUUAAAUACAGCAUUGAACCUUCUGGUUCUUACUAUGCUCAACGAGCAAGUGAAAAAAGUGUGCUUUAACAAGUGUUUCCCAUCAAAAUUCGACGAUAAACUAAAUAAAAACGAACAGAUUUGUAUCGCAAAGUGCAUGGACAGAAUGUACGAAGCUCACACAAUACUAUCGCAGGCGGUUUCAGAAGCAUCUAAGAAUAUUACAAAUUCACAACAAGUUGAAUCGCUCUUCGGCAAAGUUUGCGCAAUUGAUGGAAGUUUUUGGAUCAGCCAUUGUCUAGCGUCAGAAUCCAACAUGAGGCAUGGCGGAGAUAUAGUUGCUGUGUUCUUUCUGAGGAUUUGCUAUCUUCUUGAUAGGGGAAUCAAACCGGUGUUUGUAUUUGAUGGAUGCUCUCCAUUUGCUAAAAUGAAAACUAUUAUUAGGCGGAAAAUCGCAAGAGAAAAAUCAGAAACUAACCACAAAUUGAUGGCAUUCAAACUGCUUGCCCUACAAAUGAAAAACACUUCAAGGCAUAAUAAACCUAAGCCUACUGAAAAUGAUAGAAUUCAUUUUGGGCCUUCCAAAAAUUUUAAUGGUGUCAAUUCUCCUCCUGUUACUGAUUCUCUUCACGUCCUUCCCACCGACGUUUGUGUUGAUGAAGGUGAUGAUCCCGCCACAAAUUCGUUAAAAGAACUAAUUGAAGACGAUUUAACAGAUGAAAAGGAAAAGGAAGAAACAAAUCCAAAUUAUGAUGAGCUCUUGGAACUUUUUUCAGAAGAAUUUGAUCCAAAAGAAGAUUCUCAAGGGACUUUAGAAUAUUAUAAUGACUUAAUGUCAUCCACAGAUGUAAAUUAUGAAAAUGAGAUUUCAUCAAUAAAGAACUCAGAGUAUUUGUCAAAUAAGACUAAAUUUGAGCUUAUGAAUGCAGUUAGAGAAAGGUUUAUCCAGGACGAUAUGAAUGAAUGCAUAAGGAUUAAGGAUGAUAUUGAUCAAUAUUCCAACUACCAAAUUAAAUCAUAUAUCAGAGGACUAAGAAUUAAUAAUGAAAUUGAAGGUUUUAGGUCAGAAGUGACAAAGGAUAUGCUAAACAUACAACAUCUUCCAGGAGAGUCAAAUAUAGGAUAUAGUCAUAACACUAGACUGGGUUUUGAUUUCUGUAACUAUAACAGAUACUUUGGAAGAAAAUUGAUGAAUAAUCUGGAUCCAGAAAUUGAAUAUCCAAUUAAAACAGACCCGAAGGAAGAGAUUGAAUGUAUUGAAAAUAAACCAAAGGAACUGGUUGACAAGGCAUUAUUUGAAACAGACGAUGAUAUUUUCGGCAAGGAAUUCAUGUCAGAUAUUAAUGAAAAAUCACAAGAAUCUUCUAAAAACACUGUUAAAAAUGAUUUCAGGUCUUCUGAUACAACUGAAUUGAACAAUUUAUCACCAAUUGAAAUAACCAGUUCACCAGAAAAAUUGAAAUCCGACCCUAAAAUUGAUAGUCGAGACCCUAAAAUUGACAAAUCACACAAUAACUAUUUUUUGGCUCUGUAUAGAAAAUAUUUCAAAGAUUUGCAGAUGGGAGAGGAUUUGAAAGAGUCGGAGUCUAAACUUGAGAGUGAAUUUAAUUUGGAAGUCAAGGAAUCAGAGAUACCUACUGAGAAUAAUGAAAUAGAAGGGGAAGAAACUGAAGAAUAUAUUACAGAAAGUUCAAGAGUAGUUGGCUAUGAAUAUACAGAUUCCCAUUCAGUAUCAUUAAAUCAUAAACAUCCUUAUUAUGAAAAUAUCCAUAAAUUACUUGACCAUUUUGGAGUGCCGUACAUAGUGGCGCCGUCAGAGGCUGAGUCUCAGUGUGCAUAUAUGAAUAGGAGUGGGAAGUGUUACGCAGUUAUUUCAGAUGACUCAGACUCUCUGGUCUUUGGAGCCAAGUGCCUCUUGAAAAAUUUCUACAACGAUAAGGUGUUUGAGCUGUAUAAGCUGGACAGGAUCAGAAGAGAGUUGGGGAUAGGAAGGAAACAGUUGGCGUUAAUUGCAAUCAUUUGUGGCUGUGAUUACACUAACGGAGUUAAAGGGAUAGGGAUAGUAAAUGCUCUAGAAGUUAUUAAAGCUUACCCAACGUUUGAGGAUCUGUAUGACUUCAGAGAUUGGGCAACAAGUGACCUUAGCGUAAAGGGCGCAGUAACAGAUGAAUGUCCUAUCAGGAAAUCAUACAAACUUGCACAUGUUAAUUAUAGAGUAAAUUGGACCUUUAGCCCAGAUUUCCCAAAUCGAGAAGCCUACAACAUGUUCCUUAACCCAUCAGUAACAGAUUCUUACAAACUCGAGUGGAGACCACCAGAUGUAAAUUCAUUAAUUAGUUUUAUGGGCAGAAAGUCAAUAUUGCCGUUGGAUCAAGUGAAAGAGUGCCUAAGAAUGCUAUCAUUAAGGAAAUCCCAGCAAUUUAUUAUCGAGGAUAUUAUGCCUGAAAUCAGGGCGAAUCCAUACGUAAAGAGCUCAUUAAAAAAUUACAGGAAAACACUAAACACUAAUUUAUCAGCAUUUAGGAAAGCAUUAUCGAAUAUUAAAAUGAAGUCCAAGUUCAAUGUUAAUACGACCAUGGUUUAUGAGCGUAACCACACAUUGUCGAAAAUCAGAUCAAAAAGAAUGAAAGAUUCAAUCAAAGUAAUUAGAAGUCGAGGUCGCAAAAAACAUUUUAAUUUUAAUUUAUUAUAA